AAACCGCGCCUCCCUGUCCUGUGACUCCACCCCGGUGCACUGGUGGCGCUACGGAGAUGGCGCCGGUACGUUGCUAUGCUAUUGCCUCUGCUGCAUUCAGCGUGCAUUGACAACGGACUCCGCUGAGAAAGUCAGAGACUGUAUUCGGAAAUCCGGAAUACACCCCCCCCCCCCAACAUUUAUGUCGCUCAUACCCUCUCAUUUACAAAUCAAAGGAAUUGUAAAUAUCAUUCACUCGGUCUGAGAUGCCUGCUGGUUCGCUGUAGCCAAUGGUUGCUGUAUCUUGUCUGUGGAUUAUUCGUCGCCGAGCAAGUCGCGGAUUCAAACUAGUAAAGGGCCCGCAGACAGUUGAAUGUAUGAAGCUGAAGGAUCGGAGUGAUAAAAAUGAGGUUUUAUCGGAGUUCCCAGCGGGUGAACUGAACUUGGAUUUUUCAGUCCCUCACCCUAAACUCAUUUCCCGUUGUAAGACAACAAUAUUCCUUAAAAACUGGACGCCUCUGGAACUGUUUAUGACGACCCUGGUUGGACCGUAAUGACCGCACGCUUCCAGUUGCCUGCUGGCAGAUCUUACAAUGUCCGGGCGUCAGAGCUGGCACGCGACAGGCAGCACACUGAGGUUGGCUGCAACAUUCUUCUCUUGGACAACACUGUCCAAGCCUUCAAAGUUAAUAAGCACAACCAGGGUCAGGUCUUACUGGAGGAAGUGUUUAAACACCUGGAGCUGACAGAGAGGGAUUACUUCGGCCUGCAUCUGUCCGACGACUCCUCCGACAGCCCGGUAGGUGCCAAGAGAUGGCUGGAUCCAAACAAACCCAUCAGGAAGCAACUUAAACGGGGAUCACCUCAUAAUCUGAGCUUCAGAGUGAAGUUCUUUGUGACCGACCCUAAUAAACUUCAGGAAGAGUACACUAGGUACCAGUAUUUCCUCCAGCUCAAACAGGACAUCCUGACUGGAAGACUGCCCUGUCCGCACAACACUGCCGCACUCCUGGCGUCCUAUGCUGUUCAAUCUGAGUUGGGAGACUACAGUGACUCGGAGCAUGCUCCUGGCUACCUCUCAGAGUUCUGCUUCAUCCCCAACCCACCACAAGGGUUCCACAAGGAGGUCACCAAACACCACCAACAGCACAGUGGUCUGUCUUCUGCCCAGUCAGAGUUUAAUUACCUGAACACAGCACGGACGCUGGAGCUGUACGGAGUGGAGUUGCACUAUGCAAGGGAUCAACGCAACACUGAGAUUUUAAUUGGGGUGAUGUCAGCAGGGAUCGUGGUUUACAAGAACAGGGUACGAAUCAACUGCUUUCCCUGGUUGAAGAUUGUGAAAAUAUUGUUCAAGUGCAAACAGUUCUUCGUUCAGCUCAGGAGAGAAGUGAAUGAGACGAGGGAGACCUUGCUGGGGUUUAACAUGGUGAGCUACAGAGCCUGUAAGAACCUAUGGAAGACCUGUGUAGAGCAUCACACCUUCUUCCGUCUGGACCGGCCUGUUCCCCCUCAGAAGAACUUCUUUGCCCACUAUUUUACCCUGGGCUCCAAGUUUCGUUACUGCGGGAGGACCGAGGUGCAGUCGGUGCAGUAUGGCAAAGAGAAGGGGAUCAAGAACAGGGUGUUUGCCAGGUCUCCCAGUAAGCCCAUGGCCAGGAAGUUGAUGUGCGGUACAGACUGGGAGGCGGUGAGCAGGAACAGCCUAUCAGACGAGAGGCUGGAGACCCAGAGCCUGCCUACACGCUCCCCACCCGGUACCCCUAACCACCGGAACUCGUUGUUCGUACAGGAGGGGACGCGGAUGCGCCCGUUGUCGGUUGGGCACCUGGUGGACCACAUGAUCCACACCUCGCCUAGUCUCCCAGUCUUCUCCAAUCACAAAUCAGCGUCCUCCAUCCAGGCCAACUCUAUCAGUCUGGACUCCAGCCCCUCCCCAGAGACAGUAGAUGGUCGGCCCCCGGCCCUGCCUCCAAAACAGUCCAGGAAGAACCUGAGCCAGAUCAUCCAGGCCCACUCCCAGCAGAGUCUCCUUGACAACCACAUCAACGAGAUGUACGAUGUCCCCAUGGCAACCGACAAAACCACGUUGAACGGUGUUGUCCCUCACGACAAUCUGGUCCUGGUCAAGAUGAGGCCAGAUGACAACAGACGAUUUGGCUUCAACGUCAAGGGUGGAGCUGAUCAGAAGGUGCCCGUCAUCGUGUCUCGUGUGGCCCCUGGGACAUCGGCUGACCUGUGUGUCCCUCGCCUGAACGAAGGUGACCAGGUGGUUCUGAUCAACGGUCGAGACAUCUCGGAGCACACUCACGACCAGGUGGUCAUGUUCAUCAAGGCCAGUUGUGAGCGCCACUCAGGAGAGCUCAUCUUAUCGGUCAGGCCCAAUGCCAUCUAUGACAUGGUGGAGGAGAAGCAGGAGACUGAGCCAGACUUCCAGUACAUCCCAGAGAAGUGUCCCCAGGACCCCAGUCAGCUGGACCAGGACGCCUGGAGGGACUCCAUGAACACCCUGAAGGAGGGUCUGGUCAGCGGGGAAGUACUAGCCCAGUUUGAUCAACUCUACCGGAAAAGUCCUGGAAUGACAAUGUUGUGUGCCAAAUUACCUCAAAACAUUUCCAAAAACCGCUACAGAGACAUCUCACCCUAUGACGCCACACGGGUCAUUCUGAAAAGCACAGAUGACUACAUCAAUGCAAAUUACAUCAACAUGGAGAUCCCAGCAUCCAGCCUGAUCAACCGGUACAUUGCGUGCCAGGGCCCGCUGCCCAACACGUGCCCAGACUUCUGGCAGAUGACCUGGGAGCAGAGCUCCUCCAUGGUGGUCAUGCUCACCACCCAGGUGGAGAGGGGACGGGUAAAGUGUCAUCAGUACUGGCCCAACCCUGACAGCACUGCCUCGUACGGCCGCUUCCAGCUGGCCUGUCUCACCGAGGAGGGUAAUUCUGCCUUCCUGGUCCGAGACAUGACCCUGACUCACCUCGAGAGCGAGGAGGUCCGGGAGUUGACCCAGAUCCAGUACGUGGCCUGGCCGGACCAUGGCGUCCCAGAUGACUCCAUGGACUUCCUGGACUUUGUCAGCCUGGUGCGAAGCAAACGAGCCGGCAAGGAUGAGCCCAUGGUGGUCCACUGCAGCGCAGGGAUUGGCCGGACGGGAGUUCUCAUCACCAUGGAGACAGCGUUGUGCCUGAUGGAGUGCAGUCAGCCCAUCUAUCCAUUAGACAUAGUCAGAACCAUGAGGGACCAGAGAGCCAUGAUGAUUCAGACACCUAGCCAGUACAAGUUUGUGUGUGAAGCCAUCUUGAGGGUCUAUGAGGAAGGCCUGGUCAAACCCCUGAAGCCCACCCUUUACCAGAGAGAAGAAGAACGAGAGGAAGAAGAAAAUGGAGGAGAAGCAGUAGGAGAGGAGGAGGAGGAGGAAGAAGAGGAGGAAGAGGAUGUUAGUGUUAGCGCUAGUGUGACCAGUGUGACGAGUGAGACUAGCGCAACCAGCGAUUUCCCUGAACCCUGACCCCUUUGACCUGACCUGGGUCAGCCCAGCGCCAGGGAGGUGGAGCCCUGGUUGCCAUGCUUACCGCCAUGGGCCGAGGAGAGAACACAAAGCACUGUUGCACUUUACGCCGUCAAAAAAACAAAAAACUGAAAGUCAUGGACAAAUGAAUCCAGCAGUUAUGUUGAAUAGUACCGUUAGGGGUAUUGUGUGUUCAGGGUUAAUUCAAAAAAGACAUUUAAAACAUGGUGAAAUUGCUGUAGUCGUGCCGUAAGUACAAUGACUGGGCGGGGCUGUGAGAGAGGGAGUGUUUUUAAGAGUGAUCGAUAAGCCCCUCCAAAUGAAUCUGCCUCCUUUUCUUCUCUGUCCCUCCGGUCCAACGAGAGACGCCAUCUUUUUUUCAAAUAAUAUUUAUUGUGUUUUUAGUCUGUCAAACCCUGUCCAUUGAACAGCGUGUACGUUAGAGUGAGUCUUAGCUUCAGGCAUCCCAAAUGAAAUCAUAGGUAGUAAAAGUUGUCAUUCUUUACUUUUUAAUGAAAAAAGUGGUUUAAUUUAUUAUAUAUUUGAGCUUCACAUCAGAGCACUUUGUGUCUACCCCUAGCUAACCUUGUGGCUGAUGUGGCGCUAUGCCUUGGGUUUUGCAUAGAACAAACAAGGAGCAAUUGAUGGGCAUUGUUUGGCAUGUUAAACUGUCUAGUUGGUCAACUUUUAGAGCUGUUUACUGUGUAAAGACAGGGGGACGAUCUACUCUAAGCAAUUUGACAAGUCCACAGCCACUAAGGGUGAGGCUCGACCUUAAAACAAUCUUUUAAGUUACGUUCCUCUCUGUCUUUGUUCGUGUGUCUGUCUCUAAAGAAUGUAGAGAAUACCAAGAGCAUUCAACCAAUAAUGAUUAGAAACCCCACCUCCCCCCUUUUGAUAUAUUUCAAAUGGUAGUUAGAGUUUUUAAAACACAUUUAUUGUUUAUUGGAGAUGAUAAUCACUUAGAAUGUUUUAGGUACAGAUUACUGGGAAUUUGUUGUACUUGUACCCAACACAGUUAUGACAUGUUUCACUCAAACAUCCCGCAACAAGAGGUGUCCUUCUUUUCACACUGGUUCAAAUUGUCAUCAUCUCUUGUAUUGGAGUUAUCAGCAUCCCGCAACAAGAGGUGUCCUUCUUUUCACACUGGUUCAACUGUGUUCACAUUGUCAUCAUCUCUUGUAUUGGAGUUAUCAGCAUCCCGCAACAAGAGGUGUCCUUCUUUUCACACUGAUUCAACUGUGUUCACAUUGUCAUCAGCUCUUAUGAGUUAUCAGCAUGUUUAGUUUGAGCUUCUCUUCUUCUCAUGAGAGUCUUUCUUGCUUUGUUUGGUUACCUGGCUGCUGGCAUCUUGUGCCACCCUCUCCGAUGCGCGAUGUGGGAGAGUGCAGUGUGUGUGUGUGUGUGUGUGUGUGGGGGGGGUGUAUGGGUGAGAGAGUGCAGCACGCAUGUGUACUUUUAGUAGUGUGUGUGUGGGGGGGGGGGGGGGGUAUGGGUGAGAGAGUGCAGCACGCAUGUGUAUUUUUAGUGUGUGUGUGGGGGGGGGGGGGGUGUAUGGGUGAGAGAGUGCAGCACGCAUGUGUAUUUUUAGCAGUUUCUGUUGUGUGUAUGUAUUAUGCCCUGCCUCCUGGUGAUGCUGUGUCUGUGUAACCAUCAGCGAACCCCCUACCAUUUCACCUUAAGCUGGUCAUCAUUUCUAGCUCAAUAUUGGAUACCAGGAUUGAAGCCUGCUUUCUUGUAAACUCAUUUGCCAUAGUUCCAUCUUCUUGACCUGCUGAGUAGACUCUGAUGCAUCUAUAGCAGGUGCAUUGGAAGUGAGUACAAUGUGUCCACGCUGUCAGAAGCCCGUACAGUAAAUUCUCUCUCACGGGCCGCUACGGUGGGUCAUCAGCCCGUUGUGUGGAAUCCACAAAACCCUCAUUUGAUCAUUUUUAUUUUUUGGAUCAUACAUGGAGCUCACUCACUCUUUUGCCUGAGAGUAUUAUGAUGGCACAUCAAAAAGACCACACUACAGAAUUCCACAUACAACACUUGGGUUUCCAGAAUCAUCAAAUGUUAAUUAUCAUGAAUGUCCAGCAUUGAGAUGUGUGUUGUGAUAGUGUAUCGGGGGUACUGUGGGGUUCUGUUUGGAAGCAAGAGGGAAGGGAAGUGGGGUAGGUAUUGGAGGGUGGAUGAGUUGUAUUUUUGUAAAACUGAAACCACAGUUCUUGCUUCUUAAGAAUGGACAGCACUUUGCAGAUGACUGGGUAACCAUGCUUGCUACUGAGUGUGUCAGAAACAGAAAGUGGUGUCAAAUUUUUAUUUAUCAUUGAAUUUGUUUUUUAAGACACCUGUAGGGAACCAAAACUCCAAACUACACAGUGCCACUUGUUAAUGUUGUGUAAAUAUACUAGACCAUGUAAAUACAAUGUUGUGUGUGUGUGUGUAUAUAAAAAAAAACUUUAAAAUAAAAGGGAAAAUGA